AUGGAAACCCGGAUUCUCAAAGUGAAGGUGGACGAAAGCAACAUCCAAGCCCUCGGCCACUGGAAGGACUCAGACAACAAAAAUGGAACCAGCAACCUCAACACAUGGGAGGUCCCAACUACACCAGAAAAUGAAGAUAUUCUAGCCCCCAUCCGCGAAGCAGCCCACCACCUCCGCACCACCGACAUCCCCGUCGCCUUCCCCACGGAAACCGUCUACGGCCUAGGCGCCGACGCCACCCGCAGCGCGGCCGUCAAGGGGAUCUACGCCGCGAAAGGUCGACCAAGCGAUAACCCUUUGAUCGUGCACGUUUGCGAUUUGAGCAUGUUACGGUCAUUCAUCUCUCCCUCUCCCUCUCCCUCUCCCUCUUCUCCCUCCUUCUCCUCAGCAGGAGAAGAAGAAGAAGACCCAAUCCCAGAAAUCUACCACCCCCUGAUCACCCGCUUCUGGCCCGGCCCACUCACCAUCCUCCUCCCCAACCCCUCCCCCUCCCUGCUCGCCCCGGAAGUAACCGCCGGCCUGCCCACCUUCGGGUGCCGCAUGCCCGCUUCUCCGCUGGCUCGCUCGCUGAUCAAACUCGCCGGCGCCCCUCUCGCCGCGCCCUCGGCGAACGCCAGCACCAAGCCCAGCCCCACCGCCGCGCAGCACGUGUUGGACGAUCUACGCGGUCGCAUCGCACUGAUUCUGGACGGGGGAUCAUGCAGCGUGGGGGUGGAAAGCACGGUCGUCGACGGGCUUUGCUCCCCGCCUGUUGUGCUGCGGCCGGGCGGCGUCAGUUUGGAGGAGAUUAGGGCUUGUCCCGGUUGGGAAGGCGUGGAGAAAGCGUAUAAAGACCAGGCGGAGGUCGGGGGAAAGACGGCGCCGAGGGCGCCGGGGAUGAAGUAUAAGCAUUAUAGCCCGAAGGCGAGGGUGGUGUUGUAUGAGGCGGAGGGGGGGGGGGGGGAGGUGCCGAGGGGGGAUGUGAGGGAGGCGGUUGAGACGGUUGGGGAGAAGGAGGGUGGGAAGGUAAAGAGUGUUGCGGUUAUAAGGACGGGGAGGUGGCCUGUUGCUGGGGGGUUGAGGAGUCAAGGGCUUGACGACGCUGUUGCCGCUAAGGACAGCGGGGACAUGGCUGAGAUUGGAUUCGUUGUUAGGGAAGGGCAAUGGCUGGAUGAGGACGACACCACGGUGCUGGCGAGGCUGCUCGAGAUUGACUUGGGCAAUGAUGUCAAGGGGGUGGCGCAUGGCCUUUUCGCUGCUCUCCGAGAGCUGGACAGGCGCGGCGCAGAUGUAAUAUUCGUGGAGGGCGUGAGUGAUGGAGAUGAUAUCGCGGCGGCGGUCAUGAACAGGCUGAGGAAAGCAGCUUCCGAUAUUAGAAUAUAG